AUGUGGAGCACACGAGCCCGACAGCCUGCGACGAGCCUCGUCGCCGUUUCUCGUCGCCUUCCCCGGACCGGCCGAUCGAUUGGACUACAGUGGCGAAGGAAUUAUGCCAGCAACGCUCGUCACUCUUCUGGACAGUCGCCCUCUUCGUCGAGUUGCCCUAAAGCCAAGGACUUUUCGCCUACGCCUGGAGAGUUGGGGUCGCAAUAUGUUCAGAAGAAGAGAAGCGUGAAAAGCCCAGGUGUCUACGUAUGGGGCACCAAUUCCUAUCGCGUCGUGGAUCCAGAUUCCAAGGAAUCUGUGAUCAAAACCCCUCGGAGACUGGCAUACUUUGACGGACAAGUGCUUCGCGAUCUGAAGCUUACGGAUAAGUCGGGCGCUGCGAUUGAUGAGAAGGGGGAUUUGGUUCAGUGGGGAAAGGGAUAUUCGGAAUCUCACUACAAGCCCACGAAGACGUUGACGGGCAAGAACUUGGCUUCUCUCUGCAUGUCCAACGACCGCAUCCUGGCGCUAGCGGCUGAUGGUAAGGUGUACUCGGUGCCCAUUGCGGAAGCAGAUCAGUUGUCGGGAAAGAAGCCCAAGGAAGGCUCAUGGAUUCCUUUCUGGUCUGGAAGCUCCGGAUUGAGCUACCGGGUGCUCCAGCCGAGUCUGAAGCUCGGUGAAAAGAUUACUGCUAUCCGUGGAGGUCUGGAACAUGCACUUCUCUUGACAAGUAGCGGCCGUGUCUUUUCUGUUGCCGCCUCGACCGAAUCGUACCCCUCCUUUGGGCAGCUCGGUGUCCCAGGCCUUACGUGGGCGACUCGACCAAAGGGGCCGGUAGAUACCUGUCACGAGGUCAAGGCGCUCAGUGGCUCCAAAAUUGUUGACAUUGCGGCUGGCGAUUACCACUCCUUGGCAUUGAGCAAAGACGGCAGCGUUUUUGCUUUUGGUGACAACUCUCUCGGUCAACUGGGCAUGAUGUUCGAUCCGUCUCUGCCAUUUUUCGAUGCUCCUACGCUGCUCCCUGUGAAGAACCUCUACAAAGGUGAUAUCUGGUUCCCCAAGGUGACCGGAAUUGCCGCCGGAGGGGCUAACAGCUUCUUGACGGUCGAUGCAAAACGCAUUGUGGGGUCUGGAGAGAAUCCUUCCACUAUCCGUGACUUGGACCGUGUUACAGCUGAUACCUGGGCGUGUGGGCGCGGCAUUUGGGGCGCUCUUGGAAACGGAAAAUGGACACAUAUUCAGGAUGCCCCUACGAAGGUCAAAGCGCUGAGCGGUCUUUUCGAGUAUGACGAGCAGUCAAAAACUCUCUCCCCAAUUCGAUUACGUGAUAUCGCCGUGGGCACGACGCACGUUUCAGCCGUGAUGGACAACAAGGUUCACAUGAAACCCUCGCCGACCACUUCUUUGAACGAGUCGGAUGAUUGGGGCUAUGAUGCUCUUUGGUGGGGUGGAAAUGAGCACUUCCAGCUCGGCACGGGGAAGAGAAGCAACAUGUCCAAGCCGACAUACAUUAACGCGCCGCCCGGGGAUGAAAAGGAAGAUGAAGAAGCACGGCUUCAGAUCAUGCCGCGGCAUAAAGCUAAGGCUGGAUCGCGGACGAACAUAUCUUUACGAUCUGUUCUGCAAACCAAGAAAUAUGCAAACAAGACAAACACGCGACUCCGCGGAAGACGCUUGGACCACCGCUUAUCCAAAAAAUUUCCAGCGCGAGAAAACCCCGACCAACGCCAACACGAACAUCACAACCCCCCAGACCCAAUCAUGCCCCGCGAAAAGCAGAAACGCGGUCGCCGUGCGGCCGAGAAGGCCCAGAAAGAUGCCUCCAAGCGAAAGCGCGACGAAGCCCCCGAAGACCCCGCCGCCAAACGGUUGAAGCCGUCGACGUCGAUCGAGGAGACGCAGCCCGCGACCGACUUCACCGAAGGCGCUGACUACAUUCCGUUGAAUUUCGAGGAUAACGUUGAGGACAACGUCGAGGAAAACAUUGAGGACAACACACAGGAUGUUACCGCCUCUGGUGACACGCCCUUCUACGGUCUUCUUGACCCAGAAGAGCAGGAGUACUUUUCCCGUGCGAACGAGGUGCUGGAGCUGAACCAGUUUCAGGACGCAGAGGAGCGGCGCAUAUUUGUUGAGAGUGUCUAUAAAGAGGCUAGGGGCAAGGAACUCAAGAUUGCCUGCAGUCAGUCGUGCUCUCGGCUUAUGGAGAAGCUGAUCUCCAUGUCCGAUAUCCAUCAGAUCCGGAGGUUGUUCAGCAAGUUCAUCGGGCAUUUCUUGCACCUGGUUCAGCAUCGCUUCGCGAGCCAUUGCUGUGAGACGCUCUUCAUCAAUGCGGCGCCGGGCGUGACGCAAAAAAUCUCCAAGACGAAAGGAAACAAGAUGGAUAUCGACCAGGACGAGGACGAGGAGCCCGAGCCCGAGCUGACGCUAGCGGAGAUGUUCAUGAAGGUGGUGGAAGAGUUGGAAGGAAACUGGGGCUAUUUGCUGACGGAGCGGUUUGCCUCGCACACCAUCCGGGUGCUUCUUUUGGUGUUGGCUGGUGAGCCGGUGGACCUGUCGACAAGCGACUCGGUCGUCGCAAGCCGAAAGAAAGAGAGAUUGGGGCUAUUGAAUGACGAGUCACAGGAGGGCAGUGCUGUCUCGCAGAGGAGAGCGGUGCCGGAGUCCUUCGAAGCGACGUUGAAGAAGAUCAUGACCGACAUGAUUUCCGUACUGGAUGAUACCUAUCUGAGAGCCCUGGCUACGCACCCGGUCGGAAACCCAGUGUUGCAAGUGUUGGUGUAUCUGGAGCUGUCGCACUUCGGAAAGGCCAGUGCAAAGGACCCGAAAUCCGUCAUCCGACGCUUAAUCCCGGAUGAGAAAUUCGAAGACGGCACGGAAACGACGUCGUUCACCCGCGGGUUGCUCUACGACCCUGUGGGAUCUCGGUUACUUGAAACCAUCGUACGAUACAUGCCCGGAAAGCUGUUCAAGAGCCUCUACAAAAACUUUAUGCACGAUCAAAUGACCUCUCUCGCACGAAACCAGACAGCCGGAUAUGUUGUUCUCCGGGUGUUAGAACGUCUUGGAAAGGAUGACCUCCAAGAGGCGGUAGAAUCGCUUUCUCCUCAGAUCCCGAACCUUAUCGAACGGUCAAGGACAAUCGUCCCCAAGGUGCUGAUUGAGCGCUGUAUUGUGCGUGGAGCUAAUACAACACCGCUUGCUGGGGCUCUGGAGGCUUCCUACGACAAGGACCCUGCGCGCCGGCUGAACCAGAUGCUUCGACUGGAGGAAGAUAAGAAGGAGGAUACGGAACAAGCGGACAAGUCCAAAGAACCGGCACCCGGUUCCCGCGCGGCCGAAAAGCUGCAUGGCUCUUUACUUGCUCAGGCCAUGUUGACUGCACCUGGCAACCUGAGUGGUCUGGUAUACUCCAGUCUGCUUGCGCAAUCCCCCGAGGCUCUUGUCAAGAUUUCGAAAGAUCCGACAGCCACGCGUGUUAUCCAGCAGGCCCUCACGGCCUCAACGUCCACCCAGCAGUUCCGCCGACAGUUUGUGCCGCGAUUCCUCGGUCAUCUGCAUGAUCUUGCGCUCGACAGCAAUGGUUCUCGUGUGGUUGAUGCUCUGUGGCCCGCGACUAAGGAUAUUUUCUUCAUCAAGGAACGCAUGGCACAAGAGCUGACGCAACAUGAACUGGCACUGCGGGAUUCGUUCGUGGGACGCGCUGUAUGGAGAAACUGGUCGAUGGACCUCUACAAGCGACGACGAGGCGAAUGGGCCGCGAAGGCCAAGGGACUCGAUGGGGAGAAUGCGGCUGGCGAACGUCCGAAAUCGAAGAUCGAAUUGGCACGAGCUCGGUUUGCGGCGAAGGCUGAAGAGGCAAAGGCGAAGGGGGUGGCUGCGAAAUGA